AUGACUGGUGAUAAUACGAGUCCAAAAAAGUCCAAGACUAGUGGAAAUGGGAUUAAAAAACAACUACCUUUAAAAAAAGGUAAACCCAGAGGUAUUAGGCGGGAUCGUGAUUGUUUUACAUGUCGUCAUAGAGGAGUCAAGUGUGACUUAAAUAGGCCAUCAUGUGCACAAUGUGUUGAUGCAAAUAUUCGUUGUGAGGGCUACCCUGCAAGACUUAUUUGGAGCACCCCUGUAGAGCACCAUUUGGUGGGUCACCAAAAGAAUAAGAAUACUCUAAGUGGCACUAGUAAUUCAGUCGUUUCAGUGAAUCCGACUGCCGGCUCGGAUGCCCUCGCAAAUGAUGGAAGCCUGGCUGCUCUUAACGCAAGAGGUGACAGUAGUCGCACCUUUAACAUUCUCAAAACUCAUAGCUUGCCUUCAAACAAUAUCAGUGAUUCACAUACUCAGCUCUCAUAUAACUAUGCAUUUGGAUCAGUUGCAGUUAAACAUGAAUCCAAUCCAUCAAUCUCUCCUCCUUCUGCGGUACAAGUAUCACACACAUGGGACAGAAGUUUAACAGUGCCAGACCCACAACAGUCAUCUCAAGCAACUACAUAUUCAACGGGUGUUAAUAGCACUGGUAAUUCUCGUGGUUCAGAACCAUCCGCUAUGCAUGUCACUAAUCUUCAAGGAACUGCUACUUCUACAAAUGAUUCAAAUGCGGUCGAUAAUAAUGACCCUGGAGAAUCAUUUUCUUACACAUUUCCAACUACUUCCCCACAUCUUGAUAAAUCAUUCUUGCCGGGCAUUUCAUUUUCAUUUAAAAAAGAGGCUGACUCUUUUGACCAUUUGGAACUGGCACCAGAUCAUACCCCUACGGCUACUGCUACAACAACCCCUACAACAAGCACUACACCCACAUCUACACCUACCCCUGGACCAAAUGAUAAAAAUGACGAUAAUGAAAAAAGUAAUGAAGACGAAGACGAAGUGGAUCCUAUGAGAAUCUCCAACUUUUUAUGGGGAAUCAAAGCAAUUCUGACGGCAUUUAAUCAUGCUCGGCAGACAAAUACCAGUGUCAAUUCUCACAAGGGUCUUGUCAAAUCAGAGACAUUAUCUACUAUAUGGAAAUUUGUAUCAUCAUGUCUUGAUUACACCAACAAGAAUAACCCUGAUGCUGAACUUAAUACUCUUCAAAUAAGGGCCAACGCAAUAGAGGAACUGCAAACUUUCAUAAACAAUGGGGUUAUCGAAGCUAUAUUUUCCAUUCUUGCAUUCACCUAUUUCGAUGUGUGCCAAGGCUCCUUUGGAAACUGGCAUCGCCAUUUGCAAGGUGCUCGGUCAUUACUAGAUCUGCACUGUACAAACAAACAAGAAUUGCUGGAACUUUUCACAAAUACUCCAGGUCUUCAACAUGCAGUUACACUACUCAAUUGGUACGAUGUUACAGGCGUGAUAGCCACCCAAGACCGCCCGUUUAUUUUUGAGAGUUGGCACCGAGAGGCAAUUGAUGAUAAGUUCUUUUCUCUGGUUGGUUGCCCAAGAAAUAUUUUCCGUCUGAUUCCAGAAAUUUAUAAAGAUUCUAGAAGUUUGCCCGAAGCGGUGUCGAUGGCACUCAAUGAAGUUCUUCUGGUUGAUCACGCUGAGAAUUCUUACAUUGAUCGUGCUGGAAAUGCGUGGAAAUAUGCUUCCUUACUGAUGGCUCUCGAGCGGUGCCCUUCCACGCGAAGCUAUUCAACUUCAAUGGAAACGCUUCGAGAGAAAGUCAUUGAAAGUAUUGCUGCCAUCCCGUUUGAUACGGCCUUGUCACAGCACAUUGCCGUGAUAGUGUAUAUGACAGCGAGGAAAGUUUCGAAAGACGAGCAUCGUGAUAUCAUUCGCAGGUACUGGAAUUUUUGGUCGUCGGAAAGGUUUCCACUUUAUGCUGAUGCGCUUUGGCAGUGCGAGCAAUGGUGGGCAAACUCUACUGACACGACUCCAAAUUCUUCCUAA